CUAAUAUGUAUGUUCCAACAUGGCAGGACUGAACAAGGAAUUGCAAGACUACUUAUCAAGAAGUUCUGUAAAUGGGUCUUCAGAAGCAGACGACAGGGGGAAUUCUGGUGGAUUUAGUUUCGGAAAGUUAAAUGUAUUUAAGAAGUCAUCAGAGGAAGCACCAUUGAACAAUGAUGACGUGGCCAACAGCUGGUUUUCGCAAGCACAGAGAGACCCUCUCCUGCCAAGUCUGACUAAGAAACAAAGGAUACUUGGAUUUGUCAUUUGCUUAAUGAUGGGGACAUUUUGUUUUUCUUUGGCAAGUCUUUACAUUCCAUUACUGUUGCUGAAAGCGAGAAAAUUUGCUGUUCUGUAUUCUAUGGGAAGUGUAUUUGUCAUUGCUAGCUUUUCAUUAUUAUGGGGCCCGAUGAACCAUAUUAAACACCUAUGUUCAGUGGAGCGUAUGCCAUUUACAGUUGCCUAUUUUGGGACCAUGUUUGCAACACUAUAUUUUUCUUUAUGGGUCAGAAGUACAACCUUUACAGUAUUAUGUGCUGUAGGACAAAUCCUUGCUCUUGUGUGGUACAUAGUGAGCUAUAUUCCAGGAGGCCAGACUGGAAUGAAGUUUUUCUCAAAAAUAUUUUAUGUUGCUGCAUCAAAGACAGUUCAAAAGACAUUGCCCAUAUGAAAGAGAAAAUGUGAUUGGUUUAAGUUACAAUGGCUGUGAUUGGUGAAUAUAGUAUUGUGAGGGUCUACAAGUUAUUAUCCUCAGUCCCAGGGAAAAAUUGCAGGAAUUAUAAGUGUAAGUGCAAUUUUACUCUAGGACCAAGGAUGCAGGUUUAUUUCAGAGGUAUUGUAUGGGUAUAGCUUUGGUGCUUGUUUUUCAGAGGCUUUCAACAGACUUGAUAUCUACCCGAGGGUAUUAUCUAUCAUUGGGGGAAAUUGUUCAGGAUAAAAUGAUCUGAUAGAAGAUGAAGUUUGUUUGAAUGACUGGGAAGUGCCAGCAAUUGUGAAGUGACAAAUUAAUCUUAUAUCAGGUACCUGAUUAAAUUCUUUUAUUAUCAAAAAUUGUGUGAAACUGUAAAUCUCUUUAUAUUCAAAAUAUUUUGUUUCAUGAAAUAGGGCUGUAAGCCUUAUUUGUGAAUACUUGUAUUAACAAUUGAGAGGAUGAUAUUUUAUGAUUGAUGAAAAUUAUUCAAGUAAUUAAUAUUCAUGGAAGAUUUUAUUUAAGUUUGCGAAUGAGUCUCUUCCAAAACUAGAGGAAAAAUUACCCCUCACAAAUAUAAAGUGAUUUAUGGUAUUUAAGUUCGAAUUAGAACAUUACCUGCCAAUGAGAACUACAUCAAUAAGUCUUAAGUUACUAUAUAUUUUUGUACAUGAAAAUACACCUGUGAAAAAAUACAUGUUUUAUUCAAAGUCUCACAAAGUUCUAGCUUGUCUUAUCAGAAUUGAAUUAGUAUAUGGCUCUGCCCUUGUUUUGAAAGCAUUUGGCCACAGUUGGUUACAAAACACACUUCGGUCUCGAAUAAACAGAUCUAGAAAUGGCAUCACCUAUCGAUCAGGUGUGUAAAAUGGGAACAAAACAGGAAAUGUAAGCAUAUCUUAGAGACACAGCCAAUAUCAUUUCUUCAUCUACAUUAGUACAAUGUGCUCAAUUCCAGAAUUUUGUGAUCGAAAUAUUAUGAUGUGACCAAAUGGCAAAAUGAUGUCUGUGUAGUUUGAUGUUUGUUUCGUUACUUUAGUAGCAACUGAUUUGAAGACAAAAAACAAUUCAUGCCUAAUUCCGAUCCUCUACACAUAUUGUUAAGAUUUUACAAGAUAUGUUAAUUUUGUACUCGGAACAAAUAAUGUAAAAAUUAAAUAUCAAUUAUUGGUGACAAUCUACGAAAUAUUUGUUGGUGAUUUUU